GAUUUUUAUUGAUACCACAGUCACCGAAAAGUUGUUCUCUCAAAAGGCCUAAAAAAUCAAAAACAUCAAAAUGAAAUCUUUCAUUGUAUUCGCUAUGUUCGUGGCCGCAGCCGUUGCUGUCCCAGUUUACAACUUCUCAGGAGCCAAAGCAGCCAAGGUCAUCAAGUUCAACCUGAACAACAUCGGUGUCAAUGGUUACGACUACGCUUAUGAGACCAGUGACGGCAAGCUUGCCUCUGAAAUGGCUGUAUUGAAGAACGCCGGAUUAGAGAACGAGAGUCUUGAAGUGCGUGGUUUCUUCAGCUACCUUGGUGAUGAUGGCAAGGUUUACCGCGUAGACUACGUCGCCAACGAAAACGGCUUCCAACCAUCAGCUCCUCAUCUCCCCGCCUAAACAAACCAAAACUAAUUAGGUUAUGUAGUUUUCGUUAACUGUCUUUAUGCUAAAUAUAUAUAUAUAUAAAUAUGUAUUGUUCCUUAA